AUGGAGCUAAGAUGUCGCAGAUGUAUAAUGACAAGCAAUUUCUAUUUGCCCGAGCUUACAAAGUAUUCACUAAACUUUGAUACUAACAGAUUAUGGAUUUCUAGUAUCUCACUUAUUGGAUUUGUUGGUUGUUCUGGCGGAAGGAGGUUAGCAAUGUUGGAGGGUGUAGUUUUCGACAUGCAAAGUGGAACCAAAAGCUCUGUAUCAUACAUUGAUAAUGAGGAUUCUUUUGUGUGCCUUGUUGUAUCAUUGCUGACGAAUCUUGAUAUAGCUUUUCAUCAGAGGUCAGAGUUGUUUCUGUUAUGGGUUAAUAGCGGUCUCCUGGUCCGCACAGUGCUUCUCAGGUGUGUUAAGAACACUGAUAGAGCAUUGAAGCAGUACUGUUACAGUGCUAGAGACAUUGGGCUUGAAUUACCCAAGAAGGCAUUGCUGGCAGUGAUCAAAGAGCAAGAGUUCUGCUUGAUUGAUAUGCUUGAGGCUUUGGAUGUGCAGCUUCAGGAAAAGUCAGCAUUUGCAUUAGGGAGGUUGGCACAGGGCCACAUUUUGAUGUCAUUCUUGGCGCCUAAUAUAACAAGACAGAAGCUGCUUUCACUUGACAUCUUUUGUCUCGUCAUUUCAAUCUACUAA